CAAUUCAAACCAAUAUUGCCCUCAUCAUUAUCACCAACAGCAUCAUCGAUAGCUACAACUUCUUUAACUAAUGAUCCAGUGGUAACCUACACCUWUGAGAAAUUAAUCACCGUAGAUCCAAACAUUCAAACUGGAAAAUACCAUGUAGAAAUUUGCGGCAAUUUACAGCAGAUAAAAUCCAACGAGAAAGAKGUCUGUUUUAAGAGCRAAGACUUCUUUAUUGAAGGAGUGCCUAAGAGAAAGCCAGGAUKGAGAGAAAAACACGAAAUUAGAUUCUUUGAUAGACAAAAUGCUUUGGAGAAUCGCUUGAGUGGUGAAAAUCUGGAAAAGCUUUGGCCAGUCAAUGGCACCAAGUGCACUGUGCAUCGAAUCCAUCAACCAACAAAGGAAAGGUUCACAGAMGAAUGCAUGAAACCGGGUCGACCAUGUAUCAUCACUGGAGUAAUGGACAAUUGGAAAGCAAUGAAAACAUGGCGUUUCGAGACCUUUCAAAACGAUCCAAGGCUGAAAGAAGGGAUUUAUGUUGGACAACAUCAAGAAAUGAUUCCACUGUCAAUCUACUACAACUACGUUAAGAAUCAAUCACAAAAGGACGAGAAGAAAUGGAUGGUUUUCAUGCCUGACGUGUUUGAACUUUACCCAGAUUUGCUAGAGGACUACACAGUGCCAGACUUUUUCUCGUCCGAGGAWGACUUCAUGCAGGUCUUAGACGAUGACUUGCGCCUUGACUGGCGUUGGAUUAUAAUGGCACCMAAAUACAGUGGKUCAGGAUGGCACGUUGAUCCUGCAAAUACUACGGGCUGGUUGGCUCUUAUUGCAGGGGCCAAGUUGUGGGGACUUUACCCACCCAAUGAGUACCAAAUUCCAGGUGUCAAGAAUAACUUUUAUCAAAAGCGAGACUACAAUAUGGAUGAUGCGUUCAACUGGUGGACUUACACAAGACCAUAUUUGUUGUCCAAACGGCCGUUGGAAUGCGUUCAGAAGGAAGGAGAAAUAGUAUUUAUUCCAAAUGGGUGGUGGCACUCUGUAGUUAACCUUGAUCACACUGUUGGUGUCACACAAAACUUUUGCAAUCAAUACAGCUUCAAGGCCUGCCUAAAAGAGCUUAAAACGCAAUSUGAUAGUGAUGGGCUAUUCAUUGGAAGAACAUUCGAGCAACUUCGAGAUMUCUACCUGGAAGAUCACCCAGAAUUCUUCGAAAAAGGAGACGAGGAAUUCACUGCAGCUGAUGAAGGGAUUGGAAACACGGUGACUAUGGAAAGAGAAAAACAAAUGGAACAAGUAAGAAGGUUUUUGGCGGGAAAAUGAGUUUUCCAAGAAAGACGAGCGACAGCAUUCGUCACAUUUCAACGACUUAUACAUAAGCGGAAAGGGGUGGAACCAGAGGGCUGUCCAUUGGUUCACCCAUAUUGCAUCAAUACUGCAUUUGUUAUGAUGUAAUGAAUAGCGUGUUAUUUUAUUCAUUUUUUGAAAAGAAUGGAAUCUUACCCAAUCUGUAUCCAUGUCAUUUCUUUAUUUCGGACACCUCUCCUCUAAUUUCUGGAGCCGCCACUGACAAGUAGGUCUCAUUAAGCGGCAGAU